AUGCUCCAGGACAAUGUGCAGGAGGCAGCACAAGCAUUGAAGAAGGUUGCCAUCGACAAUCUGACCACGGACAGUUGCCCUGCGGCCAUGGAUAUGAAUCAGGCUCUACUUGAGGUUGAGAGCAUAGCGCAGGACUUGGAACAGGUUGUGUUUCAGGUUGAAGAUGCUUUGAUCAGUGCUAGAGAACCCGAGCACUCAGCCACCGGAGACAACCUUAGCGUACCCGGCGUUGAGGAAGCAUCGGUUGCACCGGCCAGUGAUGAAGAUGAAGUACUAUCCGAUGAUUGGAGCUCCGAGACCGUGUUAUGUCCUGAGUCCGUGGAUGACUAUUCCAUUGAGGAUUCCAUAGAGUACGCAGACUUUCUUAGAGGAGACGACGAUGCUAUUCCAUUGGACGAUGUAGUACCACUGACCCAAGAAGGCAUGAGUGGCACACAGGCCCCGGCGCCCGUGGUGCAGAGUGAAGAUGCACCGACGGAGGUCGCCACUGCUGGUGGCCGUGGGCAGAGCUACUCGAUGAAGGAAGACCUACUGCUUGUUUCCUCAUGGCUCAACGUUAGCAUGGAUCCCGUGGUGGGGUCUAACCAAAGUUUAGGCGCGUUUUGGCAGCGGAUCGAGUCUUACUUCCACGACAACAAAGACUUCCCGUCAACUCGCAACAAGAAGUCCUUGCAAGGGAGGUGGGCAUUCAUUAACAGCAUGGUCCAAAAGUUUUGCGGACACUACGCGCGGGCAAUGUGUAGUAGACGCAGCGGUACCACGGAGGGGGAGACAAUUGUGGAGGCUUGCAAAAUGUUCCAGGCCGUUGAACAUAAAGAGUUCACGUUGCUUCCUUGUUGGCGUGAAUUGAGGCACCAUCCGAAGUGGCAGUCCGAGGUGUCGCGGAAGAAGCAAAAGACAACCGGUGCAGGUGAAGCUGGGAGCCCUUCUUCGACUCAGAACGUGCAAUCCUCACCGGUUGCGGGUGUGGCACAAGAAACAGGUAGCGAAGGCACGGUAAGAGCUAAGAGGCCUGUUGGCAGGAGCCGGUCCAAAGAAUUAGGUCGCGGUUCCACGUCUUCGAACUCGCUGUCGGCACCAAUGAAGGAAGUUUUUGACAGGCAAUUUAGUAUGAAGGAAAAAUUCAAGAAGGAAAGGGCUGAGAGGUUCGCAGAGAUGAUGAAUGUAGAGCGGCAGCGACUUCACCUAGAGGAGGAGCGAAUGCAACUAGAGAAGGUGAAGGAGGAGAUGAGGAUAAUGAACAUGGACUUAUCACAAAUGGACGAUGAACAAAAAGAGUAUUACAAAAGUCUUCAGCAGAGUAUAAUUGCUGCUAGGCGUGCCUCCUCUGGUUCUACUUUUUGA